UGGAGAGAGAGAGAAAUGAUGACUUGCUUCAAGAAGUACAGGAAGAAGAGAGGGCACGUCAGCACCGGGCACAGCCGAAUCGGGAAGCACCGGAAGCACCCGGGAGGUCGUGGUAAUGCCGGAGGCAUGCAUCACCACCAGAUCCUCUUCGACAAAUAUCAUCCUAGUUACUUCGGUAAAGUGGGCAUGCGUUACUUCCAUAAGCUUUGCAACAAGUUCUAUUGCCCCAUCGUCAACAUCGACAAACUCUGGUCUAUGAUCCCUCAAGAUGUCAAGGAUAAGGCCUCCGCCGAUAACGUUCCCCUCGUCGAUGUUACCCAGUUCGGUUACUUCAAGGUGUUGGGCAAGGGUGUCCUACCUCCAUCUCAGCCCAUCGUCGUGAAGACGAAGCUCAUACCCAAGAUUGCAGAGAAGAAGAGCAAGGAGGCCGGUGGUGCCGUCGUACUCAUCGCUUAGAUUUACUAAUGUAUG